AUGGCCGGGAUCGAGAAGCGCAGUGCGGAAGAAGUCAUCCAGGCACUCAAUCUCCAACCCAACGUCGAAAAGGGAUGGUUCACCGAGACAUAUCGAGAUGCUACUUCCUUCAACAAUCGAUCCUACAGUACAGCCAUUUACUAUCUCCUCGAGGGCUCCGUAGGGUCGUCAUACUGGCACCGGGUGGAUGCCGCCGAAGUCUGGCACUAUUAUGCUGGCUCACCGCUUAUUCUCGAGCUAUCAUACGAUGACGGAAAGCCUACAGAGACACACCUCCUAGGUCCCAACAUCUUCGAGAACCAGAGGCCACAGGUAGUGGUUGAGAAGCACCAAUGGCAGAGGGCCAGGAGCCUUGGAGAUUGGACGUUGGUGGGAACGACUGUGGCACCUGGGUUCGUCGAGAGCGGAUUUGAGCUGGCGCCACCAGACUGGGAGCCCAAACGAGGUCCGGGAAACGAACAGUAG